CCAGAUUCUUAGAGUCGAAUGAUAUAAUACUAAUACGUUAUGAAUGAAUACCGAAAGUAAAGAAGUACUAAAUCAGCGCGAAAAUUCUAGAACGUGGAACCACUCGGCCACAGACGUCCACCUCAGUCCGUGGCUCGCACACGAAUCCAAUAAAGACUUCAGACGCGAAUGAGGCCUCGAACGCGUUUGUAGUUGGCACUAAAUAGUAGCAAUCUGGAACCUGGAGCAGUAUUAACGAAAACCGAGCGCGGCCCAAAGAAAUAUCGUCGAGAUGGCCGACAGGCGAUUCAGCAUGGUGAACUAUUUCGCGGAGAACGAGGGCUACCGAUGCGGCUACUGCAAGAACCCCGACACGAAUUUCAGUCACGGUAUGUGGGCGUACAUGUUGACGGUGCACGACUACCAGAGCUUGAUAGACAGGGGAUGGAGGCGGAGCGGUAUGUACUGCUAUAAACCCACAAUGAACCUGACCUGCUGUCCGCAAUAUACUAUCAAGUGAGCAAUAUUCCUGAUUCCUGAAUUUGAGAUGUAAUAUGUAUAUAUGAUGUAU